CAUAACCUAUUUCACAAACAUAGAAGGUGCAGCUAAAACAAGCGGGCCUUAGGACUGUUCGGACUGCUCAUUUUUAUUAACAUUUUCGGUACUUUCUUGUUGUCCUUUUUCCUAUUUUUCUUUCAAUAUAUCUGAAUAUAUGUACUUAUUUCAUUUUAAGUGCACGAAGUGCAAUAUAGUACAGCUUAAAGCAUAUGCAUGACCAUAUGAUUGCGACACAUGUAUAAUGUAUUCGACAGCUGCACUUUUCGUCUUUCCUCCUUUUCUCUCCUAAUGCUUAAUUAUAUAAUUAUCUCACUUUGAGAGCAAACAGUGCGACGUGCAGAUGCUGCCAACGAACAAUAAUGAACGUUGGAUGCCGCUGACGAAGAAUAACACAGCGUACAUAACCUCAUGUGACGGCAAGUGUCCACUUGCUGCCGGUCAGCAUACAUCGGCGUCGAAAUACUCGAUGGAAACCUGGACCGGUUUCUACCCCAGAUCCAUUAUCGACAGCAUUAUCUUCCAUUUCACUGGUGAUACGCGCAAGGAUACCUCGGUGAUCAAGGUAAACAGCGAGAAUUUAUCGGCACAUGGCGAGUUGUAUUUCCUGUGCAAUUUCAAAGCAUGGAGAGGUCUUUUGACUUGCUCCAGGAGUUGCACAAGCAUUCUGCAACAUCUCGCACACGCACAUGGCGCAACGAGAGACGAUGCAGACGCGGAUGUGGAUGAAGAGCAGAUCUUCAAGCAGCUAAUAUUGAAGAGCAACAGCUGGCCAAUAAGGAUACAAAGAUGUAUGUUGCAAAAAGAAAGGAUCUGCUUGUUCCUAAAUCGAGAAGAUAUCGUUGCAAACAGCAUAAGGAUGGCUGUCGAGUGUGGGAUGGCAUUUGGGAAGGCUGAGUCGACCGGUAAAGCAUUUACAUUGAAGUAUCAGCCCGAUGAACAGUCGGAUCUUACUACUCAGAGGUUGCGUCUAAUGACAAACGUUGCUGCAAAGGCGUUGAGUCUACACGGACACGCGUUAUCAACUGGGGAAAAUUGCGUUGGUAAAUAUAUGUUCACCAGCAAGUCUGAGGGAUCAGUUGAUGAAGGAUAUGAGAAGUAUGUCUGCGGCGUUGUGAAGAAUUCCCAAUCGAAUUCAAAAGAGAUAUCUCUUACGUGGGAGCAAUAUAUAAAGUACAAAAUGAAUCAACUGGCCGAAUUGAAUGAACACAAAUAUAUUGAAGAUGAGAAGAGCAAUGCGAAGGAUAUCUUCCUGCGCAACUUAGCCAAUGCCAUUGCCAUUUUCGAAUUAAUGGCUGCGAAGCCAAGUCGAUCAGUUAUUAUUGAGAAUAAUAACUUUGAAGACGACAGAAGUGUUACAAAUACCAGAGGUGCAUCAUUUGUGUUGUACAACACUGCCAGGAUAGCGACAAUUAUAACAAAACAUAAUGAGAAGGUAUCGCGAGGAGAUUAUCCUAGUUUGCCAGAUAUAAAAAAUGUAGAUUUCUCGCAGUUGCAAGAAGAAGAAGAAUGGGAGCUUAUAUAUAAUUUUAUCUUCGGAUAUCCACAAAUGAUAAAUGAUUUCCUGAAGUGUGAGCCAUGUUUUCAUAUUUAUCCACAAGUCGUAUGCCUAUUCUUAUCACGGCUAUGCCAAAGAUUUAGUGUCUACUAUCGAAAAGUCAGAAUUUUAACGGAAGGAGGUGAUCAUUUGAUUCCCAAGAUGGUAGCUAGAUUGUACAUGUUACGUGCGUUGUAUGUCGUCUUUGAGAACGCUCUGGACAUUUUGGGCAUCAAGCCAAUACCGCGAAUGUGAAAUGCUCUCGUGAGAAAAAAAUUCUAUUUUAUAUUUUGCUUAAUAAAUAAAAUUGUUAUAUACA